AGAACUAUAAACUAAAAAAUUCCAACCCAGGAUAGAACGCGCAUGUAAUUCACAAUGGCUCAGCUGCUUAAGCUCUAUCUCUUUGCUUACAACUCUCUCCAGGCUUUUGGCUGGACAAUUUCUCUGUUCAGAAUUUUGACCAGUUUCAUCGCCACCAACUCUGUCAAUGGCGCUUAUGCUUCUGCUGGAGACUUAAUCUGUUUGUUGCAAACCUGUGCGUUCUUGGAAGUUGUUCAUGGAGCAAUAGGGAUUGUUCCAAGUGGAGUGUUGUUUCCUCUGAUGCAAUGGAGUGGAAGAACACAUUUCUUGUUAGCAAUUGUCUGCCGAAUUCCUGAGGUCCAGGAGGUACCUGCUUUCAUAACAUUUUUUGCUUGGAGCCUAACUGAGGUAAUUCGGUAUUCGCAUUAUGCACUGAAUAUCUUUGGAGGUUGUCCAUCUUGGCUCACCUACCUGAGGUACACUACAUUCAUUGUGCUGUAUCCCAUGGGCCUUGCUCCGGGUGAAAUGUGGCUCAUGUACCAAGCACUUCAUUAAAAGGAGAAGAACCUCUACGGGGAUUUCUUUGCUAAUCUUCCCUUUAGCUAUUAUGAUUUUGUCACGGUUGUUCUUCUCAUCUAUCCCUUCCUUUGGUUGAAUCUUUACCUCCAUUUGUUUAAGCAACGACGGUCGAAACUGGGGAAACGUCACAAGAAGAAAAAUUGAAGGUAGGAAGUUAUGGUUUUUUUCUCCUUUUAAUUCAAUAAUUAUGGAAUAAAAAGUACAAAAACUUCGAUAUUCCAUGAUAAUAUAUGUUGAACUUUAGAAAUUUGCAGUGUAUUUCUUAUAUGAACAGAAACAUUUAGUUACUGGGAUUGAUAUGA